ACACCCCGCCGCCACGGCACAACUUUGGCAACACACGACCCCACCAUGUCGAUUGACUUCCCAAAGGAAGAGGAGCGCAUCCUCGCGCGCUGGAAGGAGAUUGAUGCCUUCUUGACACAGGUCGAGCUGUCAAAAGGAAAGCAGCCAUACACCUUCUACGAUGGACCGCCCUUUGCGACCGGAAUGCCCCACUAUGGCCAUCUGCUGGCUUCGACCAUCAAGGACAUUAUUCCGCGAUACUGGUCCAUGAAAGGGCGCUAUGUCGAGCGGCGCUUUGGCUGGGAUACCCACGGCGUGCCAAUCGAGUACGAAAUUGACAAGGAGUUGGGCAUGUCUGGACGAGACGCGGUGCGUGAGCUCGGUAUUGCCAAGUACAACGAGAAGUGCCGCGCCAUUGUCAUGCGGUAUGCGACCGAGUGGAGGGCCACGAUUGAACGAUUGGGUCGCUGGAUCGACUUUGACAACGAUUACAAGACUAUGGAUACAAGCUUCAUGGAGUCCGAGUGGUGGGUCUUCAAGCGUCUAUUCGACAAAGGCGCCGUAUACCGCGGCUUCAAGGUCAUGCCAUACAGUACGGCGUUGGCUACUCCACUCAGCAACUUCGAGGCUUCGCAAAACUACAAGGACGUCCAGGACCCGGCAGUAGUCGUCUCGUUCCCGCUUGUUGAAGACCCAAAUACAUGUCUGCUAGCAUGGACAACAACACCAUGGACACUGCCCUCGAACAUUGGCCUUUGCGCGCAUCCUGACUUUGAAUACGUCAAGAUCCUCGACGAAGCCUCUGGAAAGCAUUACAUCCUCCUCGAAGCGCUCCUACGAACGCUGUACAAAGACCCCAAGAAGGCAAAGUUCAAGAUUGUGCAGAAGCUGAAGGGCAAGGAUAUGCUGGGUUGGAAGUACGAACCGCUCUUCGACUAUCUUUACGCUGACUUCAAGGACUUCGGCUUCAAGGUCCUGAACGAUACAUACGUUACGGCAGACGGCGGUGUAGGCAUAGUCCAUCAGGCCCCGGCGUAUGGUGAGGACGAUUAUCGGGUCGCUCUCGCACAUGGUGUCAUUAGUGACACCCGACCACCACCCAACCCAGUAGAUGAUGCAGGCUGCUUCACAUCAGUAGUUCGAGAUUUCGAGGGCCAACAUGUCAAAGCCGCAGACAAAGGCAUCAUCAAGCACCUGAAAGGCACUGGACGGCUCAUCGUCGACUCACAACUCACCCAUAGCUAUCCUUUCUGCUGGCGAUCAGACACUCCCCUGAUUUACCGAACGGUUCCUUCCUGGUUCAUUAAAAUUCAAGAUAUUGUGCCACAAAUGUUGGAGAACAUUGCAGGCUCUCACUGGGUACCGUCAUUCGUGAAAGAAAAGCGGUUCGCGAACUGGAUCACAAACUCACCGGAUUGGGCUGUAUCACGAAAUCGAUUCUGGGGCACUCCACUUCCGCUUUGGGUCAGUGAUGACGGCAAAGAGAUUAUGUGUAUCGGUAGCGUUGAAGAGCUGAAGAAGUUGAGCGGGUAUGAAGGCGAACUUACCGAUAUUCACCGAGAUAAGAUCGACCACAUCACUAUCCCUAGUCAGCAAGGCAAGGGUGUCCUACGGAGAACUAACGAGGUGUUUGACUGCUGGUUCGAAUCUGGCUCCAUGCCGUACGCAAGCGCGCACUAUCCUUUCGAGAAUGUCGAGCAGUUCGAGAAGUCUUUCCCUGGUGACUUCAUCGCCGAGGGUCUGGACCAAACCCGUGGCUGGUUUUACACAUUGACUGUCCUUGGAACACAUCUCUUUGGCAAGCUGCCGUUUAAGAAUUGUGUGGUCAACGGCAUCGUGCUUGCCGAAGAUGGCAAGAAGAUGUCAAAGCGCUUGAAGAACUACCCCGAUCCAACGCUCAUCAUGGAUAGCUACGGCUCCGAUGCCCUGCGGUUGUACCUCAUCAACUCACCCGUCGUUCGCGCUGAGACCCUUCGCUUCAAGGAGGCUGGUGUCAAGGAGAUCGUUUCCAAGGUCCUGCUACCUUUAUGGAACAGCUACCAGUUCUUUGAGCAGCAAGUGACUUUGCUGAAGAAGGUGGCUGACCUGCACUUCGUCUUCGACCCGGCAGCCGGGAAGACAAACACCAACGUGCUAGAUCGAUGGAUCUUAGCGUCUUGCCAAUCGCUGCUCAAGUUCGUCAACGAGGAGAUGGCAGCGUAUAGGCUGUACACCGUUGUCCCACGGUUACUUGAGCUCAUUGACAACACAACGAACUGGUACAUUCGCUUCAAUCGUCGCCGCUUAAAGGGAGAACACGGUCUCGAGGAUACUAAACAUGCUCUAAACACCCUCUUCGAGGUCCUUUAUACCCUCUGCCGUGGUCUCGCACCCUUCACACCUUUCAUCACUGACAACAUUUACCUUCGACUACUACCUCACAUACCUAAGGAACUCCACGCCGAAGAUAAUCGCAGUAUCCAUUUCCUGCCGUUCCCAGAAGUGCGCGAAGAGUUGUUUGAUGAGGCCGUCGAACGCCAGGUUAAGCGCAUGCAAUCUGUCAUUGAGCUUGGGCGUAUUUGCCGCGACCGCGCCACUAAGGGCUUGAAGAUCCCUCUCAAGACGUUAGUCGUCAUUCAUCCCGAACAGCAAUAUCUUGACGACAUCAAGUCUUUGGAGAACUAUAUUCUGGAAGAGCUGAACAUCCGCGAUCUGGUACUGUCGAGCGACGAAGAGAAGUAUAAGGUCCAAUACUCAGCAACGGGCGAUUUUUCAGUACUAGGCAAGAAGCUCAAAAAGGACGCAAUCAAGGUCAAAAAGGCAUUGCCGAACCUCACGAGUCAGGACAUCAAGAACUUCCUGAAGAAUGGGGAAUUGACAAUCGAGGGCAUACAACUAAAGACAGAGGACCUUAUGGUCAAGCGUGGCCUCGCAAAGGACAACUCUAAUAAAGAUCAAGAAUUCAACACCGAUAAUGACGUCCUCAUUGUCCUCGACAUGGCCUCAUACCCCGAGCUCGAGCAAGAAGGUUUAGCGCGCGAAGUCAUCCGCCGUGUGCAGGAUUUGCGCAAGAAGGCGGGGCUUGUCCCCACGGAUGAUGUGGGUAUGGAGUAUAGAGUCUUGAGCGAUCCGGAAAGCGUUGGUCUAGAGGCUGCUUUCGAAAACCAGGGACCUCUCUUCGAGAAGGCGCUGCGAAGGAACGUCGACAAGCACGUCAACACCGAAGUGGAAGGCAAGAUCCCAGAGAACAGCAAUGAGACGGUUAUUGCAGAGGAGGAGCAAGAGUUGCACAAAGCUACGUUCUUGCUGAGGUUGGUCAAGUUAUAGAUGUGUCCUGAGGUGUUGCACAUCACGAAGCUCGCAUACAUGGUCGUCCUUUGGCGUACGGUAUGACAUCAAAAGCGUGAUGGAGUAGAUAGAUGAAGACUCGGUUAUGUUCGAAAUCUCAAUUAUGUACAAGAAACGCCACUCUAUGCUGUUCAUGCUUGUGAUUUACACAGCUGCGGUUCCAUAUUCACUUUCCGCCCUCAUUUUAUCUUUGCUUAUAUGCUUUAAUGUAACACUCCUUCAGCUUCAUAAACUCCGUGACGCAUUUGUCCUUAUGCACGUUGUUGUAGUCGGCGAAUAUGCAUUUUCCGUACACGGAGCUCUCUUUCGAGCAUUUUGCAGCCGCUGCGGCAAGCUU